AGUUUCUUUCAAGUCAUCAUCGGGAUCGUUCGAAUGAUCAGUAACUGAAUCUUUUUAACUUUAACUCAUUUUUAGUUGAUAAAGUUUUCAGCUUUGACCUCUGAUCUUAAUGCUAUAAAAACUAAACUAGUCGCAUUCUGUUUAUUGUUUUCAUUUGUUCAUUGAAUCUGUUUUCAUCAAUUUGAAAGUGAAACUAUAGUGAAUAAAUAUUGUUGAAAGAUGAUUUCCUUACUAUUGUGUGUGUUUUUCGUGACGACCAUUUUGGUGAAAUAUUUCAUGCACAUGAGGCGAAUGGAACGAUAUGUGAAACACUUGAAAACCAAAGGCACCGUUUAUCCAUUUAUCGGAAAUGCUCAUGUGCUGGUGGGUAAAUCUGAUGUUGAACUGUUCAAAGGAGUGAUGCAAUUUGCGAGAGAAGUUGGAACGCCGUUCAAAACAUACAUUGGACCACUUUUAUUUGUGAUAUUAGAUAAACCGGAAGACAUGAAAACCAUUUUCACAUCACCACAUUGCUUGGACAAACCCUAUGUGUACGGUUAUAUGCCAAAUACGAAUGGGAUUCUCAAUGCAAGAUAUGGCUCCAUUUGGAAACCAAUACGCAAGCUGAUGAAUCCGGCAUUUCAUUUGAAAGUUCUACAAGCUUCUAUGCCAAUUUUCAACGACGAAACAAAAACAUUGAUCCAAAAAUUGAACGCAAGAGUUGGCGACGCAGAUUUCGAUAUUUUGCCACUGAUGAAUUUUAUCACCUUGAGAAUAAUUUGCGGCGCCGCAAUGGGUGUGGAUAGCAUGAGCGAUGAUGACAUCGGGAAAUUUCUGCAUAGUAUGGAAAUUGUCUUCGAAAUGGUGAUAAAACGUUUCACAACCGUCUGGACACAACCGGAUUUCAUAUACCGUUGGACUUCGAUGUGCAGAAAACAGAAGCAAAAUGUUGAUAUUAUUCGCAAUUUCACGAAUCGUGUUUUCGAUCAAAAAAAGUCCGAAUAUUUGACAAGAAUGGAUAAAUCUCCAGGUUAUUCCAAUGAGUCAGACAAACCGCAUUUGGAAUUGAUUGACCACUUGCUCGAGUCAUAUUUUGCUGGUAGAUGUAGCGAAAACAUGAUCAAAGAACAAAUUGAAACGAUUCUAAUGACAGGCAGUGACACCACUUCAAUAACCGCUUCAUUUGCAAUUCUUAUGCUCGCAAUGCAUCCAAAAUUUCAGGAGAGACUAUUUGAAGAACUAAAGUCUGUUUAUGACACACAAGAUGGGGCAACAUUGUUUGAUCAUUUAACGAGAUUACCCUAUUUGGACUGUUGUUUGAAAGAAACAAUGCGAUUAUUUCCGGUGGCUCCGGUGAUUGGCCGCACGCCAGCUAUUGACAUUCCGGUCAGCAAUUGCACCAUUCCGAAAGGCACAACCAUUAAAUUGUCGAUUUUAACAUUGCAUCGCAGAAAAGAUAUCUGGGGCGAUGACGUUGAUGAAUUCAAUCCUGAUCACUUUUCACCGAAAAAUGUCAGCCAAAGACAUCCGUAUUCGUUUCUUCCAUUUAGUGCUGGACCAAGACAAUGCAUUGGUAAUCAGCAAUCAAUGAUUCUAAUGAAAGUGAUGCUCUCGGCAUGUGUGCGAAACUUUAAAUUUUCAACACGUCUGAAAAUGUGUGAUCUGGUGCUAAAAUCUGAUAUUACAAUGAAAUUGAUCAACAAACACAUGGUUUUUGUUGAGAGACGCGAUUGGUAGGCAAAUAAUUUACGAUGACGAAUAAUUUCUUUACCCUAUCUUUGUAUGCGUAAUAGGGUUGUUUCAUUUUGAAUAAUUGAAUUAAAUGUUUAAAUUUUAUAUAAGCAAAUUUCUAUGAGGUCUUUUAGACUAAUCAAUAGUCAAUGAUUGUCACUUUGCAAAAUUGCAUGUUAAAUAACCUCGUGCAGCUUGGCGUCACUUUCUCCACUUCCAUAUGUUUGCAAUGAUGUAUGAACUUUGACAAGCAAGCUUCUACAAUGGAAAUUAAAUGCGAGUGGAGACGCCACAAAAAUGACUCCAAAAUCGUCGAUUAAUGAUCGAACUACUUUGUUUUUUAGAGUUUGUCUUAUUCAUAUUUUAAAGUAUGCAUAUAUUGGUAGCGGAUAGCUUAAUCGGUAGAAAAAACCGAUUCGUCAUUAGAUACAAUUGAAUUUAUCAAUAAAUUGUUAUUAUUUGCAGAAACAAAGAUUGAUUCUCAUAACACGUACUGACCGUUGGAACGGGCAGUGCAUUUGAUAGCUCAUGUUAAAAGAAGUAAUUUAUUUAGUUAGAUUUUUGUAUUGCCUCCAGAAAUCCGAAAAAUUAAACAAUGAAUUUGCUAGUUUGAUCUAAGAUAAUGUCGGGUCAUUUGGGCCGGUGCCAUAUCUCCGAAAUUUGACAGUGACUGUCAAAUGUCAUUGCUGCUAUGUUAAUGACUUGCCAAAUGAACACUAUUGGUGGUAUUCCGGCGAGUCAAGUCGCAUUUCUUGUUAGUGAACUAGACACAUGACAAAAAAUUGUGAAAAAUAGUCAAAUUUACCAUUUUGCCGACCACUCGAAAUUGAAUAUUUUCCGACAAUUGUUGAAGGUAAAUAUCGUAUAUUUGUUGUAAAAUUUAUCUAUUUUCGAUAUUUAUGUAGUAUUCUGGCAAAAUUUCAUCAUGGAUUUUUUUUUUGGUUGCAUCAAAAAUGGCGUCGUUUUUGCUCUGUUGGGCCACUCGUGUCGGGUCAGUUGGGCCACUAACAUGAUUUGUGUGUUUUACAUAGAGACGCCAUUUUUAUGACUUAUGAUCGUAUUUCAAGUGAAAUUCGUGAAUGUAAAAAAGAUUUUAACGUGUUUUUUUACAAAUAUAGUGUUAAAAAUGCCGAAGCAUACUCGAAAAACCGAACAAGGGAAAGUUGACUAUGCUGUCUUAACGACUGCACUCAAAGCCGUGAAAAUUGGAAAUAAAUCAGUUCGUUCGACCGCUGUUGCACUCGAAAUACCAAGAACCAGCUUUCAGCGUUAUGUUCAGAAGUUUGAUGAACAAGGCAAAGAUAUCAACAAACUCAGCGAUGCCGAUAUCGAAACUUUGCUGCGAUCACUUGCUGGCUACGUAAACACUACAACGGUAUGAUGAAAUUAAAUGGAGAAUGAAGCGUGUUGUACAUUAAAAUUGUUUACAUCAAUUUGGUUUUGAUUUGGUUUUGGUUUUGAUUUGGUUGAAUAAUCGUUAACAUUUUUUCUGUACGUGACAAAAAAGUGAAUUACAAUCCAAAAAGAGUGUCAAUAUUUAUCGUACAUGACGAAAAAUCAAUAAAGUCGCAACAAAACGUCGA